CCCAUCCACUGCAAUGUGGCGUGCGCACCCCUCCCCUGCCUCCCUCCCCGGAGCCACACCUUGUCUGUAGCCACUUUCAAUCAUGGCAAAAGCAGCUCAAGCCACCCGACAUCUGCUGAUAAGAUAGCGAUACCUCUCAUGUUGGCGAUGACUUCACCCCUCCCCCCAAACCUUCUCGAAGUAGCUGGAACAUGCACUAAGAAGCUCAACUGAGCUAGCUGCAAGUGGUUCUUCACGAAGCGAAAUACUUCAACGCCCAACAGGUUUGGAAUUUCUCAUCUUGUCUCACGAUUGUAAUGUUCUGGUUUUGAGCCAAAGAGAAGUCUCUCUAUCGAGUCCACGAUUCUUCACCUAUUCCUUCAUCUUCCACGACUCACCAAAACAACAACAAGAUGUUGUCGAGGAGGCAACUUCUCACAUCGUCGCGGCGAGUAGCAGAUGCCUCCCUGCGCAGUGUAUCACGCUCGAGCGCACAUCCAUCUACCUUCUCCCGAGCAGCUUUGUUGCAUUCCACGAGGCUGCUAACACAAACGACGUUACCGACCACGCACAUAAGAUCGUAUGCAAAUGGCAGACCACACCCCCCAGGCGGCACCCAUCGGAUGGACUUGGGCGGCGAGCCGGAAAAGCCAGCUUUGGAACAGUUUGGUAUCGAUCUGACAGCCAAGGCAAAAGACGGCAAGCUCGACCCCGUCAUCGGACGAGACGCCGAGAUUCAACGAACCAUCCAGGUCCUGUCGCGAAGGACCAAGAAUAACCCCGUGCUGAUUGGCAAUGCUGGUACCGGAAAGACGGCCGUGCUCGAAGGACUGGCGCUGCGAAUCGUACGCGGUGACGUACCCGAAAGCAUCAAGAACAAGAGGGUCAUAUCCUUAGACCUUGGAUCGCUCAUUGCAGGAGCAAAGUUCCGAGGCGACUUUGAAGAACGUCUGAAGAAGGUCUUGACCGAAGUGCAGCAAGCAAACGGACAAGUCAUUCUGUUCAUUGACGAGCUGCACAUACUGCUAGGUCUGGGUAAAGCCGAGGGCUCAAUCGACGCCUCGAACCUCCUGAAGCCCGCCUUGUCCAGAGGAGAGCUUCAGUGCGCCGGUGCGACUACUCUGACCGAGUACCGCCUCAUCGAGAAGGACGUCGCCCUGGCGCGGCGCUUCCAGCCCAUCUUGGUAAAUGAGCCCACAGUGCAAGACACCAUCAGUAUUCUCCGGGGCAUCAAGGAAAAGUACGAAGUUCAUCAUGGCGUCCGUAUCACCGAUGGCGCACUUGUGGCCGCAGCCACCUACUCAAAUAGAUACAUCACCGACCGUUUCCUUCCUGACAAGGCCAUUGAUCUGAUGGACGAAGCAGCCAGUUCGUUGCGACUACAACAGGAAAGCAAGCCCGAGGAUAUCAUGCGGUUGGACCAGAAGAUCAUGACCAUUCAGAUCGAGCUUGAGAGUUUGCGGAAAGAAAAAGAUGUUGCAAGUCGCGAACGACGGGAGAAACUCGAGGCGGACUUGAAGCAGCUGCAGGAAGAGGAAAAGCGUCUCACCGAGAGGUGGGACAAGGAAAAGAGCGAAAUCGACUCUCUGAAAAGGGUGCAAGAGGACCUGGAUAAGGCACGAGUCGAGCUGGAUCAAGCACAAAGAGAAGGUAACUUCGCCCGCGCAUCCGAGUUGCGGUUCGGCGUCAUCCCCAAGUUGGAAGAAAAAUUGCCCAAGGAGGGCGAGGACCCAACCAGUGCCGGUAGUGAGGGAACUUUGAUCCACGACUCGGUGACCGCCGAUGAUAUCGCCAAUGUUGUUUCUCGAAUCACAGGCAUUCCAGUCACAAAGCUUACCUCGGGCCACAUUGAAAAGCUCAUUCACAUGGAAGACGCUCUGCGACAGUCAGUUCGCGGCCAGGAUGAGGCACUCAAGGCUGUGGCCGAUGCGGUUCGCAUGCAGAGAGCCGGACUGAGUGGCGACAACCGCCCUCUGGCUUCAUUCUUCUUCUUGGGACCUACCGGUGUCGGAAAGACCGAGUUGUGCAAAAAGCUGGCUGGCUUUCUGUUCUCCACAGAGCAGGCCGUCGUUCGUUUCGACAUGAGCGAGUUUCAAGAGAAGCAUACCAUAUCGAGAUUGAUUGGUGCACCCUCAGGGUAUGUCGGAUACGAUGACGCUGGACAACUCACCGAAGCAGUGAGGCGCAAGCCUUACGCCGUUCUGCUCUUUGACGAGUUUGAGAAGGCACACAGGGACAUCUCGGCUCUGCUUUUGCAAGUACUCGAUGAAGGUUACUUGACGGACGCACAAGGUCACAAAGUUGACUUCCGUAAUACCAUUAUUGUUCUAACCUCUAAUCUUGGUGCCAAUAUCCUUGUCGGCGGCGAUCCAUCGGUACCUUACAAGGAGGCUGAGGACGGCUCGAUCAGCCCAGAAGUCAAGAAGGCAGUAAUGGAUGUUGUUGCUGCAAACUAUCCGCCCGAGUUCCUCAACCGCAUCGACUCCUUCAUCGUGUUUAAACGUCUCGCCAUUGACGCAUUGCGCGACAUUGUGGACAUCCGUCUGCAAGAGCUGCAGACUCGUUUGGACGACCGUCGCAUUACACUUAAUGUUGACGGCAAGGUACGGGACUGGCUUGCCGAGCGUGGUUACGAUCCUAAAUUUGGUGCAAGACCUCUGAAUAGACUUAUCACAACUGAGAUUGGUAAUGGCUUAGCGGAUAAGAUCAUCAGGGGCGAGCUGAAGCGUGGCGACAAGGCCAGUGUCAGAAUCAAAGAUGAUGAUUCUGGACUUCAGGUGUUUGCCGACGAGACUGCGACUUCCUCAUAAAAGUUUCAGGGUCGGCAUACAGUGGUACAGGAUGUCAUUGGUUUUUGGGUUGGCGUUAAUGUGUGCAUGGGUAAUGGCGUUCAAGCAUGGGUGAGUUGAAAUUGUACGACACUUUGUAAUGCAUGUGUACAUAAGACACCACUCAAUCAGGUAACGGUCAAACGCAAGAUAAAUGUUUCCUGUAUAUAUAUACCAAAAUCUACUUAUAUUGAACU